UCCGAGGCGCCGUUAGUUAUGACCGAUACGCAGUUGUUCAGUGUUGCGCCAACGGCCGCGCGGUGAACGUUACGUCGAGGAUCGGUUUCGCUCCUCGCUCCACAAUCUUCUCCAAUUUUCCGACCGUUCUUCGACGUGUUCACACCGAAUCCCGUCAACUCGAACACACUCGCGUCAACGCCGUGUCUCGAUCCUCCAACCGUGUGGAAGACAUCGAACACUUUAGGGGUAGCUGCAUCCCCUAAUCUCGGGAGAGGACCAGGCCUAGAGGACGGACAGUGAUCAGACUGAAUCCCCAGCGGACUGAAUCGGCUGAGAAAGAAUCGGAUUCAGUGACAGAAACGACGAUCGCAGAACUGUUCCAAUUGUCCGGUCGAUUAGAUAAAUGUCAUCGAAUCCUGGAAACCAACGGCGCAUGGAGUUCCCUGGAAGACCGGUGCACAGGGACUCAACGUUUCAUUGAUAAACCCGGCUGACUGCGAUGUUCCUGCGCGGCGGCCGAUUCAGUCUGUAGGUGUGACUGCUCGUUGCCACACAUUCUUGAGCCUCCGAUGGCCUGCCUUGGGCGAGAAUAACCGGCAGGACGAGGGACGACGACGGGGGACGCUCGGUCAGCUUGGUCUUCGCGAGAUGAAGAGACGGAGAAAAUAAAAGAUGCUGAGAUUCGGAUCAAUACUGGGCCUGUUGGUCCUGAUGUUCGUCACGAGGAUCUCAUCUACGAAUCGCUGUCUGACGAUGCUCGAUGAGCCCACUUCUCAGAGAUCGGUCCGCAUGGACAACGCGGAGGUGAACAUUACCUUCGAAGUUUCCCGUCGAGUGACUCAAAGGCUGUCCUCGUGGAUCAUGAAGAUCUUCUUAACGGAGGUGGUGGGAUACCGUAAAGUGAAUCUUGUGGAAAGAGACGAUAAUUUUCUACUGGAAGAUACCUUCGUCAGAUUAUACAACGGGCCAUUUGAGGUUCUACAGAAGGGAGGAUCUUCCUCAUCGUCCAUGGUGAAUAUGGAGGCGUGGAUCCCGCCGCAGGUAGAUCCGGCCCCCUUGCUGACAGCUUACAAUGUGAAGGACCUAGGAUCCGUCGCUCCGCCAGGUCAUUUCGGUUGGUUCGUGCCGCAAUCUCUGUCCAGACGAGGUGAUUCUUGGGCGACGCUCGCUAAACCGGAGACAGCGGCUCGUUUCGACGUAGACGAGGAUACCUUGUCUAUGAUCAAGAACCAAACCGUGGACCAGAGAACCGACUCGCAUUUCUGCAACGAGACGUACUGCCUGCAGGGAAUGUACAUUCCUGAGCAGUGUCAGGGUCAGCAAUCCUGCGCCCUGCUGCUCGCCAGUCACCCCGACGUCACUGAAUUCGUCAAGACCGACAUCGACGCGAUGAAGCUGUACGUGAAGGUCGCGUGGGUCGGGUAUAACCUGAAGCAACUGACCGAGACCUUGACCACCGAGUAUGCGGAGCGUGCUAAGAAAUCGAUGACACCGAUUAAUAGCAGGUCCUUGGUGAUUCUUCACUGGACGCCCAGCGACAUCGUGCCAAACGAGACGGACUUCGUGGAGAUCGAUUUCCCGCGGUGCGGCGUGCUGCCCUUCGAGGCCAGCUGCAGCUACGAGUCGAAUCGGUUGACAAAACUGACCUGGCUGAUACUAGAGUUCAAAGCCAAGCCGGCGUUCGACGUGAUCAACAAAGCGUCGUUCUCCGAUGAACAUUACAGGGACCUGAUCGAUCGUUACAACAAACACUUCGGGGACAUGAGCGAAGAGGGCAUCGCUUGCGACUGGUUGAAGGAUAACCUGAACUACACCUUAGAGAAAUGGCUACCUGAACCGGUUAGAAAAGUCCUCUACAUCGGCGGCAUAUUCCCGUUGAGCGAGUCCUUUUACUCUGGCAGGUCGAUCUACAAAGCUGCAUUCAUGGCCAAAGAGGCUAUCAACGCGAACAAGACUGUUCUUAAGGACUACGAUCUAGAUUUGCUGAACAACGACGGACAGUGCAGAUCGGACAAGGUGCUGAAGCUCUUCAUCUCUUACGUCAUGAGCCCUAAUUACGAGAAUUUCGUCGGUGUCCUAGGACCCGCUUGCUCGGAGACCGUUGAACCUUUGAUUGGGGUCUCGAAGUAUUAUAAGACUGCGGUCAUCAGCUACAGCGCUGAGGGGUCUAGCUUUAACGAUCGCUCCAGAUAUCCGUAUUUCUUCCGGACGAUCGGCGAGAAUAAGCAGUACAAACAUGUUUACCUGGAGUUGUUCAAGAAACUUGGCUGGCGAAGGGUGGCGUCUUUAACGGAGGAUGGACAGAAGUACACCGAAUACAUAUCCUACAUGCAGGACAUACUCAGGGAUAAUGGGAUCUUGUUCGUGGCGAACGUGAAGUUCCCCAGGGAACGAGAUGCUGAUGGCAUGACCAAGUAUCUGCACGAUCUGAAGCAGAAAAAGGCGAAGAUUAUCAUCGCUGAUGUGAACGAUCAAAUAGCCAGGCAAGUGAUGUGCGAGGCGUAUAGGUUGCAGAUGACUGCCGUUCAGGGUUACGUUUGGUUUCUACCUCUCUGGCUUCGUCCCCAAUGGUACGAUACCGAUCGCUACAACAAAAAUGGCGAGAAAGUGCCGUGCACCACGUCGGAAAUGAGCAAGUCGAUCAACGGUCAUUUCGGUAUCACACAUGCGUUCUUCGCUCCCGAUGACGACAUUAUGCAAGAGGGUAUAACUGUCCGGCAGUGGCGCGACAAAUACGAGCAAAAAUGCAGAGAAAGCAAUCAACCACCCUCCAAUUAUGCUGGUUACGCGUAUGACGCAAUGUGGACGUACGCGUACUCCAUCGACAAACUACUUAAGGAGAAAGAAUCUUACGUGUCCGAUCUUCACAGUAAUGAGACUAUCGAGCGGCUGACAACUAUCAUUGGCGAGAUGAAUUUCAAUGGGGUGUCAGGGAGAAUCAAUUUCCUAGGAGGCCCAUCGAGAUACUCCGUAAUCAAUGUCGUUCAAUACAUUGAUAACGAAACUCGAGUGGUCGGCAACUUCUAUCCCAAUGUCUCGGAAAAGAAGCACGAAGUAGUGGGCGGCAGAUUGGACAUGAAUAUCUCCGCCAUCGUUUGGUUAUCGCAUCAAGUGCCCGAUGACGGUUCACCUCAAAGAUGCAUGAUAGCAGGCUUUGCGGACGUGUUGAACGUUUCCUGCGAAGUGGCCUUCGUCAUCCUCAUCAGUUCCUUCGGCAUUGGUUUCCUAUGCAUCAUAUUGAUCGUUGGUUUCAUGAUUGUCAAGAGAAAGUACGAGGAGAAAAUGAAACUUCACGAGAAGUACAUGAAGUCUCUAGGCCUGGAGUACUUGACUCAAUUGGAUGGUCCCGAUUUGGAUAAAUGGGAGAUCCCUAGGGAGCGAGUGGUGAUCAACCGGAAGUUGGGCGAGGGUGCUUUCGGCACUGUGUACGGUGGUGAAGCUUUCUUCUCCGAAAAGGGUUGGCUAGCCGUGGCCGUGAAAACAUUGAAGGUUGGCAGCUCCACCGACGAGAAAUUGGACUUCCUCAGCGAGGUGGAGGUGAUGAAGAGGUUCGAACACAAAAACAUCAUCAAACUGUUAGGUGUCUGCAUAAAGGGCGAACCCGUGUUGACUGUAAUGGAGUUCAUGCUUUAUGGAGACUUGAAGACUUACCUGCUGGCCCGGAGACACCUCGUGAACGAUCACAGUUACGAGGAUUCCGAUGAAAUUUCCAAUAAAAAGUUGACCUCAAUGGCGUUGGACGUGGCUAGGGCACUUAGCUAUCUGGCACAGUUGAAAUACGUCCACAGGGACGUAGCUUCCCGUAAUUGCUUGGUGAACGCCCAACGCAUUGUGAAGCUUGGUGACUUCGGGAUGACGAGGCCUAUGUACGAGAAUGAUUACUACAAGUUCAAUCGUAAAGGAAUGCUACCAGUAAGAUGGAUGGCGCCAGAAUCGCUAGGCCUCGGGGUCUUCACUCCAGCCUCGGACGUCUGGUCCUACGGUGUCUUGCUCUACGAGAUCAUCACAUUCGGUAGUUUUCCAUUCCAGGGGAUGAGCAACAACGAAGUUUUGACUCAUGUGCAGAAUGGAAAGUCGCUAACCGUUCCUACAGGUGUCAGGAUGCAGCUGGAGAAUCUGAUGUAUUCCUGCUGGAACAGAGACCAUACAAAAAGGCCAACAGCUCCGGAGAUCGUCGACUUCCUGGCUAUGAAUCCUCGCAUUCUGUCGCCGUGUCUGGACGUCCCCAUAGCCAGCGUGCAGAUAGACCAUACCGGCCAGUUCGAUUUGCAGAUCGACAACAUCCUCAGAAGAAAGUUCUCGUUAUCCUGGCCGCCUCAAACGAACACGCGUUCCUCCACUUCAGCCUCUAGUCCCACGGAAAUCCCAAGUCCUCCUCUGCUAGAUAUAAACUGCCAGGACGACAAGAACCAAGAGUGUCUCUUAGGCGAUGUAAUCAGCGACCUAGAAAGUUCGAAACCGUUAUUAAUGAAUUCCGGUGAAUCGUCUUCGGGGCCAGGAGUCUGUCUUCAGAACUUCAAGCGAAACGAGGAGGAGGGGCCUAGGUACGUGAACAUCCAGCCAGGAAUGGCGAACGAUCACUCAAAGAGAAACAACAGCGCUGGGACCAUUCAGAUGGAAGAGAGGAUCGCCAUGUUGCCGGAGAAUAGGAACUCAGAGGACGUGUCGAUUCUUUGACAGCAGCGGCAACGGGUGAUUUCCAGACAGAAAUCGACGGUGUAUCUCCGCAGGCGCGCCGAAGGCAUAUUUGGAAAAUAUGCGAAACGGUCGUACAGGAAGACCAGCGUCUAACGCUGACUGGUUUCCGAGAGGUAUUCGCGAAUUGAACUUCCAUCGAACUUCUACCAAAUUGACCCGUACUGUCGGAAUAAGACUAAGUUUUAGGAUGCCUUGAUGAAGAUCACGGCAGUGGUUAUAAUUCUAGUUUUAUUUUCUUCGAUAGUAUAAUUGUCUAGAGAGAACAAUGUUCGAACACCUUGUGUGCAGGCGCAAGAGUUUUUGAUGUAUUCGAUUCGAUUCUGAAAAUCGUGAUGAAUUUGGUUUUCUUGGUCGGAUGAUGUAGAUCCGUUGUUGACCAAUAGUGCUCGUAAGUGGGCCAUAUGUGGUUGUUUUCUUUUCUAUGGUGUUGUAGAUAAAGAAUGGAGGAAUAGAUUGGAUUGUAGUUGAAGAUUAGAGGAUGUGGAGUGAAAGAGGCUCCAGAGUUAAUUUUGUGCUGGUUCAUUAGGAGAUUAAUGUCCUGCCCAUUAGUCGAGAAACGGGUUUAGAGGGAACAGCAGGUACCAGUGAAGAAAACGAACCAAUAUUGCAAUAAUCGGUGCAGUUUUCCUUGAGGAGGGAGAAAAUGCAGGAACUGACUUCGUACAUUUUCGCUCAAUCCACUUUUGAGACUGAUACAUGUAGGAACAUUAGGUUUGGGUUAGUAAUCCAUGACGCGAUGGUAAUGGAGAAAGUAUUUGAGAAAAAUGUUCUUCCAUUUCAAUUGACGCGUAAGCGUAUCGAAUCAUUUUUAUUUAUUUGAGUGUAAGACGCUUUACAUUGUAGAUCCUUUUAAAAUUGUUCUACGACUGUUGAGCAGUUACUAGUUAGAAAUGAUUAAAGGUGGAUUCUAGAUGGGGAUCCUAAAAAUAUGGGAAAUUAUUGGAGGAUCAAUUCUAUACGAUAAGAUUUAAUAUUGCAGUGAUUUUUCAUCACGUUUAUUUAUUUCGAAUGAGUGUUUGUGUAUUUGUAUUUUCGUGUACUUACAAGCAGGAAAUAGAAGCAAGUAUCUAUGCAUUUACUUGAACUAUGAGUGCAUAAAAUAUACUAAAACUUCAGCUAACGAUUAAGGAAUCCUACAUUUCAUUCCUUGUUUAGUAAACUAUGUAAUGAGUUACACUAGUUUCCUUAAUUUAAUAGCCUAUGGAAUUAAUAAUUUCCAUGUAGACCCGCAAUUCAAGUAUUAUGUUUGUGAGUGUAUGUAAACGUCCCGUGGAAAAAAUGACCGUAAUAUUACGAUAGCAAUAGUUAAGCUCUAUUAGUAAUGAUCGAAUAGAAUUUUCUUCGAACCUUUCAAUUCCCAGAACGAAUUCUCGAAAAAUCUCCCACGUUUUUAGUGUGACCACAGAGAAACAACUUCAGAAUCCCUUUUAUAAUCCUGAAACGAUCAAAAAAGCAAUUCAAUAAUAUCAAAUCACUUUCUCCAAGAUCAAAAACAUUCAUUACUUCCGCGUCGACGCAAGAAUAAAAAUGGCAGCUUCAGUUGACUGUUCCGUAUUUCACUGUAAAAUAAUACGAAUUCGUUCAAUUCCAACCCAACAUGGCGACGAAACCGAUUUUCGAGGUCAGUUGCCGGUGUGACCAAGCUUUUACGAGCAAUUACACGUGAGAUAUCGGGAUUUUACGGUCGCAAACGGGAAUGUACAGCAAUAGUUUCCAGGCAAAAGGGAAACAAUCGAGCACCGAAGUUCACGUAACCAUGACAUUUAUUAGAAUUGUAUUUUAUGCGAGCACACACAACAAGUCCCGCGGCAGGGACCGAACGUCCUUAAUAAAAAGUUUAAGAGUGACCAGGAGCUCGUCCCUCGUCAGUUCCAAGUAUAUUUUUUGACCCCUUUACGCAAUCUGUCAGCGAUUUAAUAGAUCGGCAAUGAUCGAGCUGCUCCGAGACGUAAGCGUCUCGUACACGAUCCUCGCUAGAAUAAUGUUAAAUCACCGCAACGAAACCGAGUUGCCAUCGCACGUUGAUCGCACCUAGCGUAUGUAUUUAUUAAUUUAUCCGUAUCUCAUUGAAAGAUAUUUAUAUGUAAAUAGAGAGAACUAUACGGAGUCUCCGUCGCCGCGCGGUUCGAAGCGUUUUAUUUUUUUAUUUAUGAUACACCGACCCCGUGGCAAGAGAUUGUUCAAGUGCAAUAACAUUCUACUGUCCCGUUGUACAAAACGAAACGUUGAAAGUAUAUAAAUCACGGCGUAUCGAGUUGGCUAAUUUAAUUAAGGAGGUCUUCGUCCAAUUCCGGUUUAGCCAAUGGAACCGUUGGAAUCAGUGUCUUUAAUGGUGCUAAUGAACUUGACGACGAUUGAGUCAUAUCAGAGUUUCCCAAGCGAUUUGUUAAGUUUUCUAGAUUCUAUCGAAGUUGGUAGCCCAAAUACACGCAACAGGUUGCAUGGAGUUUUCCGAGUAGAACGGCCAAACAUGAUUUUCGUUCCAUUCAUACACAGACGUUCAUUUGUUGUAUGUACUCGAUUGACAAUCGCUGUUUACGUGCUUGUUAUACAUUCUUCAUUUUCGUAUUUUUGUAAUAAAUGUAUAUAUUCAAUCAUCCGCAGUGUAUGUUCCUAAGAAAUGGCCAGGGAAAGCUUCAAGCAGCCUGUAGCAGUGAAAUAAAUUAAUCUAUGGCCGUUACCGAGUAAAUUUAUUUGUUAACGAUGACUGAAGGAAACGAUUAUCUUAUAAGGACGCUACCGAUAGAAAGUAUUUUUUAAUUUUCAUUUGAAUUCCAGUUUCGCAGUCGAUGCGCGUUAGUUUCGUUAGAGUGCCGGUCAAAAGUAUGGGACCACUAGAAUUGUCGCCUCCCUACACGAAAGAGAUAUUAAAUUAUAUAACGAUUCAUUUAGACGAAUUAGUAUCGCGUCGGAUGCAUUGUUUGUAUACUACAUUAUCGUAAACACGUUUUUCGUUAUAGAACAAUUAAUUCAGUCACUAAUUCAUAAGGAAUAAUCACUUACAAUUUUUCUUUACGAAAUCCAACAUUUAUUUUAUCAAUCUGAAUUAACUGUUUCAAAUAACGAUUUAAGAUAUUAAGAAACAUCUUUCACUUCUUCAAAUUAACGAAAUUUGAUUGUAGUGUCUUGUAUUAAAAAUGUGGUAACAUAUACGAUAUAUUCUUCUAUUGGCCGUAAUAAACAAUGUAACACACCGUUCCUUAUUUUCAUGGAUUCUAAUAAAUAAAUCUUAGUUCCAUACGUGUGAUCGGUACCGCGAAUAAGAAAGAAAUCGUUGACCGUUCGAUCAUUUUUGUCAUUCAUUCAGAAGAAACGUGAGAUCGAUUUUAUUUUACAUAAUACAUUGUAUCGAUCAACGACACGCUUACAAUAGUACUUAGCAAUAUAUCUUCCCCUUGUUUUUCUACGUCGGGUGUAGUUACAUAGUAAGAGUCGAUCGAGCGUCUAUCCGAGGGAAACGUUUCAUCUCUUCCGUGUUUCCGUACAAUCUUUCCUACUAGGUUUACUCGAAAUCUUGAUUACGACAAAGUAUAUAUCGCGAUGUUAUUUAUUCUCGAAUAGAACAGUUGUAAUUUCAUAUUCGUUACCGAUGGAACAUUAUGUGUACGUAAUGUUACAUGCUGUUCAUGUACAGAUACCGUUAUCCCUUGGUAAAGUAUUUA